UCGAUGGUCAUGCCGCGGUCACGCUGGCCGCGAUUCGAUUGAUUCAGACUCCUUUCCAAUUGUUUAAUUUUUAAGUGUUCCUUACGACACGCUCCUGUCACUCCACAAACGAAUAAUGGAACGGAGUUAAUCGUCGCCCUGGCUAGAGAACACACAACACACACACAUGGCUGGCAUAUGUCCCCGCGAGGCGGUGCGGGUGAAAGUGAAGAAAUGCGAGCCGACGGCGCGUCCGGAGUGGCGCAAGUUCUCUGUGGAUCCGCAGAUCACCACGCUGGAGGUGCUGUACUCCCUGCUGGCCAAGGCCUUCGACGUCAAAUCGGACUUCUCCAUCAAGUACAAGGCCUUUGAUCCUGCGGGCAAUGAGAUCUAUCUGGCUGUACGCUCAGAUUGGGAUCUGGACGCCGCCUUCUUGCGGAUACACAACAUAUCCAUUCAGACGGCCUCGGAGCCAUGCCUGAUUCUGCAGAUCGAUGUCAAGCCGUUCACGGUGGUUCGUGAGUGUGAGACAGAGGCCUCGCCCGGCCGAACGUCUGCGGGAGCAACCGCUGCACCGCCAACUUCUGCUCCCUCUGCGCCCUCUGCCCGCGAGCUGAUAUCGCCUCUACAGUCGCUGGGUGUUUCCCAGAAGUACGUUCAGCACAUGCAGACUAAGCUAGGCAGCUCCAUCCUGAACCAAAUGGAAAAGACCUUCUCUAUGGUUCAGAAGGCUUUCAAUCUGUCCGAGGAACAUAUGGCGAACCUGCCACCACGACCACCCAUGUGUGACAGCGAGUUCAGACUGUUUCUCGACGCCCUGGGCCAGAUUCAGCGCAAGGAUGAGCUGCACCGUGUCAUCUUUCUGGGCGGCAUCGAUCCGAGUUUGCGUCGUGUGGUGUGGAAGCAUCUGCUCAACGUCUAUCCUGGUGGAGCUCAUGGCCUAGCCCUCGACGGCCAUCAGCGCAUGGAGUUUAUGCGGCGUAAGUCCGAGCAAUAUUGCCGGCUGAGGGACACCUGGAAGGCGGCGGUGAAGCGAGGCAGCGUGGCCGGUGAGCUGGCCUACGUGACCAGCAUGGUGAAGAAGGAUGUCCUGCGGACGGAUCGUCUGCAUCCCUUCUACGCCGGAAACGACGACAAUCAGAAUAUUGCGGCUCUCUUCAACAUCCUCACCACGUACGCUCUAAACCAUCCGACGGUGUCGUAUUGUCAAGGCAUGUCGGACAUUGCCUCGCCGCUACUGGUCACCAUGAACGACGAGGCGCAGGCCUACAUCUGCUUCUGUGCCAUAAUGGCGCGGGUGCGUGGCAAUUUCAUGCUGGACGGGAUUGCAAUGACGCAAAAGUUUGCCCACUUGACGGAGGCCCUGAGCUUUUACGAUCCGGAGUUCUGGGAGUACCUUAAGUCACAGCAAGCGGACGACCUGCUCUUCUGCUACCGCUGGCUUCUGUUGGAGCUGAAGCGUGAGUUUCCCUUCGAGGAUGCCCUGCGCAUGCUGGAGGUGCAGUGGAGCUCGCUGCGCUACAGCAGCGGUGGUGGUGACAAGGAGCUUCAGCUCUUUGAGAAGGAGUUCGUGCCUCUGUCGGAGAGUUCCAUGCCAAAUAGCGCCAGCACCUUCUCCAGCUCGUACAGCGCCACGCCGACGAGUCCCUCCUAUCUGCUGACCAAGCCACGGGAGAAUCCCUAUACCAAAGUGUGUGCCCUGCGUCGUCAGAGUUCUUCGGCGUCGCUCAGCUCUCUAAGCUCUUCCCUGGGCACGACGGGUCAUGCCCUGGACAAUACGAAACGGUUGAAUCACAGCCUGGACGACAAUAUGUCUCGGCACGCGACCGCAGCUGCUUGCCGGCAGCGACGCACCUCGGCCAAAGCGCAUCAGAGCCUAGAUGAGUCCAAAAUGCUGGCGUUAAUCGAGGGUGCCAUGGAGAAUUCAAAUGUCAAAUCAGUGCAGGACUUAUCGGCCGGCGAGGACACCGAAGACGAUGAUGUGUUCGAUAGGAAGGAAUCGCCUAGUUUUCUGGAAACGAAUCCCUUCAAAGAUGACGCCCAAAAGACACCGGAAAAAGUGAACGACGUAGCACCACCUGGACGCGCUUUCCUGUGCAGCUCUUCGUCCUCGAUUGUGGACGAUAAUCCCGCCGACAGGAAGUCCACGCUGCAGCACAAGAACAUUCUGGCCGUGAGCAAUAUUAUUGCCAAGCAGCUGGCCUCCAAUGCCAGCCAGGUAAGUGAGAGUGUCAAGUGGGUGAGCAGCUCCAGUGGCGGGCAUUUCAAGGAUCUCAAGGAGAAGCUGGCGGCGACCAGUCGUAUCGGUCUCUCAUUCGAUGGCGAGUCCACAGAGGACGACGGCGAACGGAAAAUGCCACCAAAGCUGGUCAAGAACUUCAAUGAAUUCCUCAACUUUGCGACUAUCAACAAGAACCGGAUCUCCGAUCGUUUUGCCACUCAGCAGCAGUCAACGACGACAGCUCCGGCAGCGGUUACCAAGCCGGUUGUGCAGCUCACGAAGGGUGGGCUGGGUAGUUCCCUGGACGAAUCUGAUUCGUCUUCGGUGCCGGAGACCAGUUGGAGUGCCUCUACGGCGGCCACGGCCAUUCAGCAGGCACAGGAGCAGGAGCUAAGCAGCUACAACCUGCAGUUGGAUCUCGAGGGGAAUCAUCACGGCGAAACCGACGAGACUCGCACGCCGCCAGAUCAGGAUCAGGAUCAGGAGACCGAUCAGGAAUACUAUCCCAUGACGACGGCCAUAACGCGAGAGCUGCGUCUAGAGGCGGAGAAUCUGGAUCGCCAGGUAUUUGGGCUGCCCUUCACGGAGAACGAAAACGAGAAGCGGGACGACAUCGAAUACGAGAAGCUGGACAAGGAUGCCAUGGACCUGGUGGAGGACCUCAAGGAGAACGAGAUCAUUACUUGUCCCGAUGUCAGCGAACUGCACCAGCGUCGUCGCCAGCGACUAGCGGCCAAGAGCAACAGUGUCCAGCAAAACGAAUCACAUGCCUUCAAUCCCUUUAUCGACGAGAGCCAGCUCCUGCUGGACGGCCACACGCCCCUAGGAAUGCGUAGCAGCAGCAGCUUGCCCGAAGUCAUCCUGCCCAUUUCCACGGAGCCCAGCCUAGUGGAGGUAUCCCCUUUAGUGGAGAUUGCCACAAACGCAGACGAUGAGAGCGCCUACACACGCUCACCGCAGCGUGGGGCCAACCUCAAUGGCGUCACCGGACUGAACGCCACAGCAGCGGCUCUGCCUCCUCCCUCGGAAUUCGGCGGCGGCAACGCCUUCCUUAUGUUCCUUUGCCUCACCCUGCUGCUGCAGCACCGCAACACGAUCAUGAAGGCGGGCAUGGACUACAACGAGAUAGCGAUGCACUUUGACAAGAUGGUGCGAAAGCACGAUGUCACCCGGGUGCUCAACCAGGCCAGGCGCAUGUACAUCGAGUACCUCAAGGCGCAGAGCAGUCCGCAGCGCCAGAGGUCACCCAGUGCCGCAGCUGCUUCUUCCCAAGGCUCCACCUUGACCACCUCCAUGCCGGCGUAAGACGUAACGAUGUAAGCAGCUCCGAUGCAAUCUUAGUGUUCCCCCGAAUAGGCCGAUCCCUGAAUAUCUCUCUAAAUUAAAUUAGUUUGAAAACUACAGAAAGUAGAGCUCAGUUAAACAGUUUAAUAUUAGCACAAUGAGAGAUAUGUCAAAUGGCCAGAACCGGGAGUAACUCAUGCUCAAGAGAAAGGAGCGUUAUAUGUUAGUUAACAAACCUCAAAAAAAUGAAAAAACCAAAGUCGCCCCUUAUUGUGUACGUAGAUCGAUUUUGUACUAAUUUGGAAUUUUGAAGUUAGGAUCUUAUUUAUUUUAUAUAUAUAUUCUGAGGCGAAAGCUUUAUUUCACUAGUCCGCUAAAAGAAAAAGCAUUCCAUGCUCUUGUAAAGACUAUACCUUAGGACUUCAAUACGCUGCUAAAGAUAUUCAAUUACGGAUAAUCCAUAAUCCAAUCAACUAUGAUCUUAUAUUACCUGUAAUCGUUCUGUAUCUAAAAAGAAAAACCUCUCACUUGUUCGGAAAACGAAACUUAUUUUGUAAAUUAAAAUCUUACGACACUACGCUAUGUAAAGUUAUGGAAACAAACUUUUAAAGAAUCGAUAAAUAAACGAAAUUCGAAAUAA